AUGGUGGACGUUUCAAAUGAACGCAAAACAGCUCAAUCAGUCGCCCCAAUAAACCAGGCAAUCUUAGAGUCAGUUCUUCAGGCUUACGGCUGCCUUAAGCGAAACGCCGCCAAGUCCUUGCCCCUCAUCCCUCACGCAAGCCAGAUCGAUAGGCCAGAAUUUGCGCAUCAUUCUUUUCCCAGACGCGUCUACGUCUCAUCUCAACGAUUUCCCGGUCCCAAGUCCAUUUUGGUAACUCCUCUUGAUAGCUUCCUUGACCCUCCAGCCGCCUGCAAGAACAUUGACUACUGUUUUUACGGCGGCGAACUUAUAGCACCUCGCAGAGCCGAGAACUACAUCUCUGCUCAUAUCAGCGUCAGCACUCAGUACUCUCGCUCCCACGAAUACGAGGACAUUCUGCAGACGCCUGUCUCGCGAAAGUUUCCUCUCCUCUACCACCAAACUCGCCAGACAGGCAGUUCAGUACCCCCAAAGAAAGCACCAGCAAGACAGACCAACCCAAAAGUUGGAUAUCAUCGUCAAACGGAGCAGCCGACAGUUAAGGAGGAGCCGGAGGAAAUAAGCAGGAUAGGUGACUUGGACGUCAGUGAAUCCAGCGGUUUGACAAGUGUGCUCCCCCGCUCCCUACCGUCGUCAGCUAGAACACCCUCCAUACCCUGCAGUCAAAAGGAGGCUGAGACUAGUCAAAUGAAGCGGAUCGACUCGCAUCGAGGGAGCGCUGACGUAGGUGUUAACAGUGCACGUCGGGAGAGUAGGCAAGACAGUGAAAGGACAAUGGUUGCAGAGGCAGACGACCGCGUCUACAACAGUCCCACGAUGUACCAAGUCACAAAGGUGCCCGCCCAGUAUGCAAUCGAUUACCUCCAAGACAGCCCUGGAGCCAGAAAUGAGGAAAUUCCAGAGGUGAAAGAUGUUCGUCCUAACCAUGGACAGGUUGAAAAGGAGGGACCGCCCAAUAGAUGGCGGGAGGAUGCAGCCAGCACCAUCAGUAAGAGGGCCACGUCUGUGGAUGAGCUGCGUCGACGUUUCGAGGAAUCCUGUACGGUGAUUCUUCCGAAGGGCAGCAAACGACCGAACAACUGUGUUGAGGACCAAGAGGAGGAACAGAACAGGGCGCGGACGAUGGUCAGAACUGGUGCAGCCAAACCAGUUCAAAGUGAAAACCCACGUUCUCCUCCCUUUGCUCGACGCGUUGCAGGCACCCAAACGGACGAUAAUCCACGGCCAGUGGCCAUUCGUCCAAGUCGUCUCUUCAGACGUUCGGAUGAGGAGUUGAAGGGGGAGAGGGUAGGUAGGCGAUACAACCCGUCCCCUACCCAACGGAGGCUGCCUGGCGAAAAUGGCAGAUAUCUCAGUCCUCGCAGUAUCAAUCGAGCUGCCAACGACACUUUGUGGCCUGACGGCGUCUACUUCAAAGCAGGAGAUGUCUACAAACGUGUGGAGACCAACACGUAUGCAAACGGUACAUCAGUGCGGUAUUUCUUGCCACGAUCAGAAGCCGAACCGGUGGCUGUUUUUGGCACUGAUGCGGAUUAUGAACCACGAACAAGCUUCCGGACGGCUGCUAGACGACGCGACUUCAGUCGAGAGAGGCUGGAGGCUGAAGAUAGACCUUAUCGUACCGCGGCGCUAUCCCGCUCAAGCAGUUCUCUCAGUUUGCCUCGAAGUCCUGUGAGGCCGAAGGUAAAACAGAUGAAGUCGGAGAUAGGAGCUGGCUACUUCAGAGCUGAUACUCCAAGCUCUCAUAAACGUCACAAUUUGACGGUUGACUGUUCUGACCAAUAUGACAGUCGUAGACGCUUUGGACAGACAUCACCCAUUCUGCAAAAACAAAACUUCUCCUACAGAGGCAGUUUACCCUGUGUCUCCGGCUCCAGGGGUACAGCGCGAUGUUGGAGAGGACGUCCCAGUCCUACGCUGAAUUACUCUUACCUGGAACAUAUGGAACCCUCCACCAUGCCAUAUCGAUCUAAUACUCUGUCCAGCUGGAGUGAUUUACGCACUACCAGGGAGUCUCAGCUGUACGCUACCUUACCCAUGCGCAAGUCCCGCUCCCAACAGCACCUCUCACCCCACGUUAGUCGAUCAGCCGCCGCCGCGGCCGCCGUCAGACAUCGUUUUCCUAAAGCCGGAGAAAUUCGCGAUCAGGUGAUGCACGGUGCCCCCGUGCAUGCUCUCAAGUGGAAACGACCAUGGGUUAGCGUGAACAACGCCAAGGUUUCAACAAACCUUCCUCCGGUCUGCUCUGCUUCACCACCGAGAGCACAGACUUCUUUCAGUCCCCGACCGCGCGACCAGUUUAGGCGCAGCGGGGGAGGGUGCGUGGAUCAGGCGUCCAUUUCGCAGGAGUUCGGCUCAAACAUUGCCUUCUUCGAGCAAAUGGCUAGGGAGAAUAUGAACGAGCCGCAUUGUUCUUUCGGUUCAGACUGCUACCACUGCUCAUUUCGUGACCGGCUGGGAGCUCUUCGGUCGGCUUCCCCAUCCCCGAGCAGGACCCGGGUGCGUCCAUACUUUGGCAGCCUAAGAAGACAGAAUAUGAGCAGCUUUCAAUGCCGCCGUGAGGUUGGAGACGGUGGCAGGCCUCGUGUUGAGGUAAUCAACUCGCCUGGAAAACUGCAUUCCCAGGUGGAAUGCAUCAGCCCCAAGCCCAGGCCAGGGAACAGUUUCUCACAGACUAACCCUGUCAGGUGUUCUGUACGUCGUUUAGGUGACAUUUAUGACACAUCGUAG